AUGGAGGUAGUUAAAACGACAUCUGCUGGUCAUGCUAAAAAACUUGCAUCCACUGUUGACUUCAGCACAUGCCCUGAUGGAAUUAUAUGUGUUGGAGGUGAUGGAAUUGUUAAUGAGGUUUUGAAUGGCCUGCUGAACAGAGAUAACCAGAAAGAAGCAAUUUCAAUUCCCAUUGGAAUAAUACCUGCUGGUUCUGAUAAUUCUUUAGUUUGGACUGUUCUUGGAGUUAGAGAUCCUGUUUCUGCUGCAAUAGCUAUAGUGAAGGUAACUCUUUUAUGUUAUCCUGACUGUACCAAAUGA